AUGUCAUGGAGACUGUCUGUCCUCCUCCGUCCACAGAAGCAGCUGUACGUGUCCAGUGAGCUGGGCGUGGUCCAGCUGGGGGUCCAGAGGUGUGAGCUGUACGGGGGGGACUGCGCUGCGUGCUGCCUGGCCCGGGACCCCUACUGCUCCUGGGACGGCCAGACCUGCUCCAGGUUCUUCCCCACCAGCAAGAGGCGGGCGCGGAGACAGGAUGUGAAGUACGGAGACCCCUGGAGUCAGUGUCCAAUCACAGAGGACGAUCCGGAGUCCGUGCAGGUGAAGUCGGUGUACGGCGUAGAGGGGAACUCCACCUUCCUGGAGUGUGUUCCUCGGUCUCCGCAGGCCGAGCUCAGGUGGAGGCUGCAGGCCACGGAGAGCCAGCAGCAGGAGCUCAGUCAGACCCAGGAGAGCACCGAGCUCCGUCAGAGCGACGACCGCGUCCUUCACCUGAAGCGGGGUUUGCUGGUUCAACGCCUGGAGCUGGCUGACUCGGGCCUCUACACCUGCGCCAGCCACGAGCACUCCUACACCCAGGUCCUGGCCCGAUACCGCAUUCACAUUAUCCCCAACCACAGCCUCCACCCGAGCCGCUACCAGCAGAACCAGAGCCCGAUCCACCCGGGCCCAGGCGGGCCAGGGAGGAUCAACCCAGCCGGGGUCGCCGGGUUUCUCGGCCAGUCGGCGCCCCUUCAACCUCCGGUGCCGGCACACAGGAACUCGUGGCCUCCUCUGAAGAGCUACAAAGACCUGCACAUGGUGGGGACCAACAGUCUGAGCGUGGACGAGUACUGCGAGCAGCUGUGGUACCGCGAGAAACGCCGGCAGCAGAAGCUCCGCACCCUGAAGCUGAAACAGGAGAGCAGGAAAGCCCGGGUGAGGCGGAACAACCCUCCGGAGAUUCCCCUCUAGUCCGUCCCCCCCCCGCCCCCCCACAGAGACUCUUAAAGGACAGCAGAUCCUGAACAUGCAGAGGACACGGGAAGGUUUUUUUUUAGCAAAUAAAGCUCAAACUACUAGCGUGACACCAGCCAUAUAUUUACUAUUAAAGACAAUGUCAAUAAUACAAAAGACUUUAGUACAUCCUCACCCUGAUAGCCUGGGAAAACCCUUUGGAACCGGCAAAUCUGAGAGUCCGCCUGGCCAACGGGGCCAAUGGACCAAGAGCCCAUUUAAGCUUUAUUUCCAUUUUUUCCAAAUCGAGGCCCCAAUCACAUCCGUUGAGGCUUAACACGAUGACGUUGAAGCAUCAUCUCCUUCAUCGCUCUGAUUGGUUUUAGGUCUAUCCAAUCGGUGACGCCCCCUUUGGAAACGGGCUGUGAAUGAACCUUCCCCAGACCCCCUCUCAUGCCCUGUUUACACAUACAUGGUUAUUUUGACAAACGGAGACAUUUCCCUUCGUUUGUGCCGUUCAAUUACGCACAAACGGAUCGCCUCUUUCUAAAACCUCCGGCCAGAGUGGAGAGAUUUUUGGAAAUCUUUGACAAACGGAGGUUUAGGCAGCCGAGGAAGUGAGGGAGAGGAGAGAGAGGAAAGGAUUUGUUGCUAUUUUGGGGAUUUUGCUUGGUUAACAUGGGCUUGAGCUUCUCGUCACUCUGCCACCAUCAGGUUUGACAUGCUCUUGACGGCAUUGACGGCAUGUAUGCACACGUGCACGUGUAAACGAAAACUUCUGAAAACUGACAGCUGUGCACAAUGUCAUUU